GUGACUUCCCGUUUCCGUUUGUCGCCGCCUAACAAUGGUGGUGGCGGUGUGAACGGCGCGGCCUCGAUUCAACGCGACGCCUUUGCCGGGAGUGGAGCUGGUAAAAUCUGUUUAAUCUCAGUAUGGAAAAUGCUGCUAAUGAAGAUGGUGGAGGAAAUGAGCAGGCUGACACUCAUUCUACUAAUGAAGAUCAGCGCAGGCAUCAGUUGGACCGCCUCGAUCGCGAGGAAGCCUUCUAUCAUUUUGUCAAUAACUUGAGUGAAGAGGAAUACAGGCUGAUGAGGGAUAAUAACCUGUUUGGUACACCAGGGGAAAUUACAGAAGAAGAACUGACUAGGCGUCUGCAGCAAGUAAAAAACGGCACAAUUCAGAACAACCCUGAUGCUCGAAGAAGUGAAGGUUCUGGUGAUAACCGAGGUGCUGAAGGUUUGGACGAAGGCUCAAGUGGAGAUUCACUUCUGGAGUGGUUGAAUGCUUUUAGGCAGACUGGUAACACAACGAGAAGUGGGCAAAGUGGGAAUCGCUCGUGGAGAGCAGUCAGUCGUACAAACCCAACAAGUGGUGAUUUUAGAUUCAGCUUGGAAAUUAACGUCAGUCGAGGUAGAAUUGAUCAAAGUGCCGAGAUGGAAAGUGAGCAACUCAUGGACACUUCGAAUGCAGCAACGACAUUGCCACCAACAGAAGAAGCUGUGACGCCUGUACCAUCUAGAAACAUAAACCCAUCGCCACCAACAACCGCACAACCUGCACAAGCAGUGACAGCUCCACCAAUAACCAUAACGGAAGAAAGUGUCCAAAGUGAACCAGAAAGGUCUGAGCCUGGUAUUACUAGACAGAGUAGAAGACCAAAUGGGGAAUUGUCUUAUGAAAAUAGAUAUGAACUUUUCAGACAGGACCUUGAAACCCAGCCACCUCAAGGUCGUGCACGAAGUGGUAGAAGCAGAAGCCCAGAACGACGAAGGUCAUCUAGAACAAGAAGCAAUCGAAGUCGGUCACCCUUGCAUCCAGUUGAAGGAACGAGUAGAUCACGGCGCCAGACUUCUCUCAGGUCUGAGAGAUCCAGUUCAGAGAGUGGGACAGAAGGAAGUUCCAGAACUAGACAGCACAUAGUGUCCAGGCAGAAUCGGGUUGGAGAUGACGUGCGGGCAGAAGUAACUAAUCCUUUCUCUGCGUCUGAGUCAAGUGAGCCUAGAGAGCCUUCCCAAGAAGCUGUUGAUCCUGCAGAAGCUACCGCCAAUGAUUCCUCUGCAGCUGGGCGGCGACCACCUACCAUUAUGUUAGAUCUGCAGGUGAGAAGGGUAAGACCUGGUGAAAAUACAGAUAGAGAUAGUAUAGCCAACAGGACCCGCUCGAGAUCCCAAACAACAGACAACACAGUUGUGUAUGAAAGUGAGCGUGGUGGGCUCAGGCGCACGUUCUCCCGCUCUGAGCGAGCAGGGGUGCGAACUUACGUCAGCACCAUUCGGAUUCCUUUUCGCAGGAUUUCUGAUUCUGGUCUUGGGGAGGCUGCCUCGGUUGCUCUCCAAACCAUACUACGCCGAAUAAUGAUGGGUGGGGAAUUGAGUUCCUUUGUGGACAGUGACAGUGAUUCUGAAACGAGCAACAGGGGCCAAAAUCCAGUGCAGGACGUCUCUGAGUCACAGAACAGCACAAGUGAAUCCCCAAAUGUGGCUUCAAUAGGUAGAACAGGAGAGCAGCGGGCAGGGGUGCAACGGAAUGGCAGUGAAACAGAUAGUACAACUGGUGCAAGGAGAAGAGAAGGUCAGCAGACUCGAGGUUUGUUUGGACUUGAAGAAAGUGGUACUUUGCCUAUACUUAGGCUUGCCCAUUUCUUCUUGCUAAAUGAUGAAGAUGAGGAUGAUCAGCCGAGAGGACUGACUAAAGAGCAAAUUGACAACCUGUCCACAAGAAAUUUUGGGGAGAGUGACGCAAUUAAAACCUGUAGCGUAUGCAUUAGUGAGUACACUGCUGGAAACAAGCUUCGCAAGCUUCCCUGCUCACACGAAUAUCAUGUUCACUGUAUCGAUCGCUGGCUGUCUGAAAACUCCACGUGUCCCAUAUGUCGUCAGGCCGUUUUAGGUCGCACUGCUGGUGAUAAUAUUGGCUAGUGUAUGGCCUCCAUCAGUUUGUGCUCCCAGUAUUGAUGUAAAGUAGAAUUAGCUAGCUGUACUAAACAGUGAACCAUAUAAAAUUAUACUUCAGAAUGCAGAGGAAAUUUCACAAUAGCCAUACCUAAUGUUUCUGUGUGACUGCUUCCUGACAUAUGUUCCAAAAAAAAAAUUUUUUUGCGAAUCUUUAAUAUGGGUUUGGACAUAUUGAUUCUAUUGCAAGUGUGCACUGUUGCAUUGUUUAUGAAGUGAAACAAUUUUACCAUGCUUAAAAAUGUAUUUGGGGAACAAUUCUGGCAUCUGGUUUCUUAGAUAUGUUGAUUUAACCCUUAUUUACAAUUUGUUCUUAGCAUGGUAAAUAACUUAUUUAAACUAUAAUGCUUUUGCUUUCAUUUUGUAAAGGGUGAAUCCUUGCCCUGUGUUUUUGUCACAUUGUUAGUACUUAAUUUGGGUUAGUUGUACUGAAUUCCAAUUUUUUUUUUCAUUUUUUUGGAUUUUUUAAUCAAAAUUAUUUCCUUUUCUGAUGUAUAGUUUUAGUUUAUGUGCACACUUACAGUGGUGUAUUUUAGCAAUUUGAAGUUUUUCAUUGUUGCAGGAUCUAUGUAUAGAAUGGAGAAAUUGGCCAACUAAAAUAGCAAUGCAAAUUCACUGCUAUAUAAAAAAAUUCUAAUUUACUGUACAUCUUUAAUGAACAGAUUGCCUUAUAUUACAACAUGUCUAUGGGACAAAUUGGAGUUAUUCAACAGUUUUCUGUACUGUGAAUUUGUUUACUAUCUUCCAUUUUUCAGUUAAAAUUAAAAAAAAACUGAUUUUAUUUUUCUGGAGUUGCUCUGUAUAUCCCUUUUGAGGCUCUUGCCUUUCCACCUUGUACCUCCAGUUUUAAGAAAAUAAUCCAGUGACACAAACUCUAGAGUAAGAAGUCAUUUGCCUUCGGGAAGCUGGCUGUUUUUUCUUUCUCAAUAAUUGAAUGGAUUAGUGAGGCUGAGUAUGGACACAUUAGCCUUGCGCCACAUUUCUGUGACCCUUCAAUACUGCGCCAUAUAAUCUGUGCCUAAUAAGACGUUAUUUUCCAGGUCACAACUUAGAUGUCAUUUGGUUUUACUGCAACCUUCAGUACCAUCCGCAGGAUGUGUAAUAGACUAGUUUCUGAAAUCCUAAUGAAAUGCUGGGGACCUCUGUGCAAGUUAAGUGCAGACCUGGUCUACAUGAAAAAUAAGCUCUGGUAUUCUGCCAAUUGACAUAUUGCAUUUAUUAGUUGUAAAGUAUAAGGAUGCUGGGUUCUUUAAAAAGGAAACUCCAGUUUUGUUCUUUUAACCAUGAAAUUGAAAUACAUUUGUAAUAUAACUAAUGUAAUUGAAUGGAAUAGUUUUUUUGAGGCAGAAUGCCAGUUUUUGUUUUUGGAUAUAUAUAUGGGCAGAUUGUGGGAAGUAAUAUGACACUAUUUGGUCUCUUGCUUACCCUAAUGUAUAUGGAAAAAAUCGGUUUUGUACAAAAGUAACCAGAUAUGAAUGGCAUCUUGUAUAAAUUUUAAAUGCCAAUAUUGUAAUGUGUAAUUUCAUUACUUAAAUUCCACAGAGCCAAUGUUAUUAGAAAAAAAAAUGAUGCUAUGUCACAUAAUAGGAAUCCCACAGGUUGUGAUCAGCCCUGCAAAAGGCGAACUGUGUAGUAAAGGUUCAAAGCAAAUUAGGAGAUGAGUGUUUUAAGAAGUCCAGGGAGAGUUUUUCUGCAGCUGCAGAAAUCUUGCCAAAGUCAUUCACUUUGGUCUACUGUACAAGGCUUGUUUAAAGUGAUUUAGUUUAUUUAUGUAAUCUGUUGUACUAAUUUUUGUAAAUUAGUAACUAAGUUUUAAUGCAAAAAUGUUUGAUUAUCCAGUUGUCAUUUUACUUUCUGGAGAACAGGAAACUUCAGUUGCAGAAAAACAUUUAUCUUUUGACAUUGACCAUUUAAAGAACUGGGGUAUCUAUAAAUGUUAAUAAAACAUUGCACGAUAAAGUUA